GUGAACAAAACUGUUGACAAGAUCUCAUCUUAUUGCACAAAGUUUAGCACAAUAAUAAUGUAUUUAGCAAUAUUGUUCUUCAAUAUCACUCCAACGUACAACAACAUAAGACAUACCUUGAUAUCAAAGACUGAAAAUUAUUCCAUGGAAUAUUCUGUAUAUUUUAGUUUUCCUGGAUUCAACCCGCUCGACCACUUUGCAAGUACUACCGUUUAUAAUAUCUACUUAUCAUACAACUGCUCAACAUUGUUUUGUGGGUUUGAUUUGUUAUUGUUUUUGAUGAUAUUUCAAAUAAUUGGGCACGUGUACAUUCUGAGACACAAUCUCGAGAAUUUUCAGUCACCUAAGAAUAAAAUUACUCUCAAUUUACGGGGAGAUGCAUUGAUUACAAAUAACACGUGCACUUAUGAAGUAUUUGACGCACAAGAAAAUGAAGAAGUGCGCCUUCAACUGGCGGAGUGCAUAGAACACCACAAAAUAAUAAUUGGAUUUACAGAUGACGUGUCAGGGCUAUAUGGGCCUUUAUUAGCCUUCAAUUACUUCUUUCAUAUGAUUGCCUGUUGUUUGUUGUUACUGGAAUGUACAGAAGGAAGUUAUGAUGCAGUACUACGUUACGGACCUUUGACUAUUCUCGUUUUUGGUCAGCUCAUACAGAUGUCAGUUAUGUUCGAGUUGCUGGGUUCAGAGACGGAAAAGCUGAAGGACUCCGCGUACUGUCUGCCAUGGGAGGCCAUGAACACCAGCAACCAGCGAACUGCUUUCAUAAUGCUGCACAAAAUGCAGUACAAAAUCAGUCUCAAGGCAUUAGGACUGGCAGCAGUUGGCGUGAACACCAUGGUGGGGAUAUUAAAGACUACGUUUUCAUAUUAUGCAUUUUUACAAACAAUGGGAGAUAGAUAAGAACACGAAAAAAAUUAUCAUUACUUAUUACCUACCUACUUCACAAUUUCACAAUAUUUUACAAUAUCUUAAUUCUUUACCAAUGAUUUUCACUUUAAUACUUACUUCGAUUUUAAGUACCUCCCACCUAUUAUACUGUUUAUCAAUAAAAUUCUGCAUAUUUAGAUACUUAGGUACCUACUUCAAAUCAUGUAGGUAUUCAUGACUAUAGCAUAUUGUGUUUGCUUUGUAAGAAUGUCUUACCUAAGGGUUUUACGAAUAAAGUUGUCGAACGAAUAUCACAUUAAGCGAGUUCGUUCGUAUCCUUAUCGGUAAGGAA